AGCAGGAAUAGCGAAAUUCCCGAAGAAAGGAAGUAUUUUGGAGGUGGUAGGAGCUCGUAUGGCGGGAGCGGUAAGAAGGGGAAGAAGAGGAGUUGUUGGGUUUGUUCGGAAUGUGGGUACACGGAUGGACAGUGGUGGGGUUCGUGCAGGUCGUGCCGUAGCGCCGGGACGAUGAAGCAGUUCACGGUGGAGGAGAGCGGCGGCGGGAGCGAGAAAGUGAGGGGCUUCCAGGUGUCGGAGAAUGUGGUGAGGACAUGGCUGCCGCAGCGGGCUGGCGAGGUGCGGCCGCUGCGUUUGACGGAUGUGAAUAGGGGGUUGAAUCAGUUAGAGUGGCGGAUUCCUCUGUAUGGACCCUUUGGAGAGGAGGUUUCGAGAGUGCUAGGCGCUCGUCUUGUGCCAGGUUUGACCUACUUUUUUGCUGUAUGGUCCGCACAGAUCUGCUGCUGUUCCUUAAUUUUGGUGGGAGAUGAUCCUGAUGUUGGCAAGAGUACCCUGUUGCUGCAGUUUGAGAGUUACUCCCAACUUUGA